GCUGCUAGCGACUCAGCUAGCAAAGCCAGCCACGGCUCCUGAUUGAUAGCUUCGUUCUUCCUCUAGAUAGCUACAAGAAAAACUAUCUUAGUAAGGCAUUUAAAAGGUUGAAUAAAAUCAUUUGUUAAAAUGACGAAUUAUGCUUUUUUUCAAACACGGAUAACCUCCAUUAUGGAAAUCGUGACAAAUUCAGCGAUUGCAGAAAUAACCAAACUUUUUGACGACAGUUCGUCGGCUUUGUGUUUUGAAAUAUCUCGCAGUUUAAAUGAGAAUGAAGCGCUGAAAAACAAGCUACAGUUGCUGCAGCACGAGCGCAGGACGGCGCCAGGACACAAAGUGGAAUCGGCGAGAGCGCGUGGGAGUCCUGUCAAAACUCGAUCUGUUGGAGUGCAAGUUUUCGUGGAAGAGCAGCAGAGAGAGGGAGUCUUUGGCAAGGAGUGCAGCUUCAGCCUGAGAAGAGAUGGAGAACCUGCAGGUGUGGAAGAGUCUGCAAAUGUGGAGAAGGUCAGGACUGAACCAGUUCUCAUCAAGCAGGAGAAACUGGAAGAGGACUUGAGAUACAGUGACCCACAACCCACACCUGUGGAAGAGGAACCGAUAACACAGCCAACACCAGUAGGAGAUGUGAAGAAACCAGACACAGAGCCCACACCUGUAGGAGACCCAGAGGAGCUGAGUGAGCAGCACAGGUGUGGACAUGGUGAUGAGGAGCUCAGUGGACUGGAGUUUGUGGGGAAGGCAGAGCAAGAGGAAGAGCAUGUAGCCCUGAGACUCAAUCAGACAGGAUGUGAACCCAGUGCAGAAGGACUCAACAGUCUGGGCUCUGAGUAUGUAAUGUAUGAGAGAGACAGUCAGCUGUGGACUUCCUUUACCCAAGACGACAGUGACAUAGAGACUGAUGAUCCAGUUUGUUCUAAUACUACAGAACAGUGCUCACAGAAUCUGUUAAGUCAUACACAGCUACAACGUGCUCCGGCCACCAUGGAAGUCUCUGGAAACACACUUUCUUCUUUCGGGGCUUCAUAUCAGACAUUACUGCCCCAGCAGCAGCAACAUGGACCCUCAGUAAAACACAUGAGAGGCAGUGAGAGCCCAGCCCAGCCACACUCAGGCUCUCAGUAUGAGACCAGCUCUACUCUGAGUACCAGUGCUUUCAACACUGGGAAGAAGGGCAAGACUUAUGGACAAGCUCACUUUGGAAAGAAACUGUUCAUUUGCACAUAUUGUGGGAAGAGUUUUAAUCGCUGUAGUUAUCUCACCUCACAUCAACGAAUUCACACAGGAGAGAAACCGUACAGUUGUGCACAGUGUGGAAAGUGUUUUAGUCUCAAGGGUAAUCUUGUACAACAUGAGAGGGUUCACAGUGGAUAUAAACCAUUUUGUUGUGUGCGGUGUGGGAGGAGAUUUGCGCAGGGAUCGAACCUUAGGGCACACGAGAGAAUUCAUACAGGAGAGAGACCAUAUCCCUGCACCCAGUGCGGGAAGAGUUUCACUGUCCAGAGUCAUCUUGUUGUGCACCAAAGAAUUCAUACAGGAGAGAGACCAUAUCACUGCACGGUGUGUGGGAAGAGUUUCACUCGUCAGAGUUAUCUUUUUGCACACCAGAGGAUUCAUACAGCAGUGAAAUCCUACAAUUCUAACUAGUGAGAGAAUAUCUAUCUAGACGCAUAUAUUAUUUAAUGGCCCUUCAAACUCCUCUGUUUGUUUUCACUGUUGCAAUAAACCGUUAAUUGAGUCUGUAUGUAUUAAUAAUCAGUACUGUAUAUUUGAGUUAAAAACACGAUUUGCUGAAAGAUUUUAUGAAAACGUGCGACAACAUCAAGCAUGAGUGCCUCUGUACAUAUGACAUUAAUAAAAUUGUGUUUCAGUUUAA